UACAUAUAAAUUGUAAAAUUGUUCGAACUCAAAGCAAAACAAAUUAUAUAAAACAGAUAAAUUAUGGCAACUCGUGUUGUGGCAACGGCAACGGUGCGAGCUGUUAAGGGCCGUAAACUAAUUCCCACACGUGCCGCGCUGACGUUGACACCCGCUGCGGUGAACCGCAUUAAGGUGUUGUUGCAGGAUAUGCCGGAUAAAAUCGGUCUCAAGGUUGGAGUGAGGCAGCGCGGCUGUAAUGGUCUAUCCUACACAUUGGAUUAUGCUACUCAAAAAGACAAACUAGACGAGGAAGUCGUGCAGGAUGGUGUCAAGGUCUUUAUUGACAAAAAGGCGCAACUGUCGUUGCUAGGCACUGAAAUGGAUUAUGUCGAAAGCAAACUUUCGAGCGAGUUUGUCUUCAAUAAUCCAAAUAUCAAGGGUACCUGCGGUUGUGGCGAGUCAUUUAGCAUGUAAAGUCACUAAAUUAAAAAGUGGCCUAAAGCCGCACCUGCCUCGCAAACGAUUAACCUAAGUUGAUGCAAAAGUGAAGAAAUGUAGUUUUUAUUAGCGACAAACAAAACAUGUAUGUAAAAAAUGCUGUUAGUUCAAAAUAACGUUUUGUAGCAGUGUAAAUUCUAAGUUCUGGAUAAUGCCAAUGAUAUGAAAUUAAUUUGCGCGAUUUCUUAUUAUAAGCAUACAAAUAUGCAUGUUGUUCAAAUAAUAGCGUGAUUAAUUUGAUUAAUCAUAAUGUAUUUUGUAUUAAAUUUGUUUAGUUUUAUAAUUGAAGCAUAGAAGAAAAAUGCUUAGAUUGAUUUAUUAAAAUUAGGUAGUAGUGGC